AUGAACACCUUGAAUUACACAAACAAGCCUGACUUCAUCCUGAUGGGACUGACAGAUUCCAAGGAGGUCCAGGUGGUCCUCUCUGUCCUGUUUCUCUUGGUAUACUUGGUUACUGUCUUGGGGAACACAGGGAUGGUUCUCAUCAUCCGUCUAGAUGCCCAGCUUCAUACCCCAAUGUAUUUCUUUCUCACUCACCUGUCAUUUCUUGACCUCAGUUACUCAACUGUCAUCACACCUAAAACCUUAGAGACCCUGAUGACUUCCAACAGGAACAUUUCCUUCACUGGCUGUCUCAUUCAGAUGUAUGCAUUUGUUCUUUUGGCUGCUGCUGAAUGUUUCCUUCUGGCAUCAAUGGCCUAUGACCGCUAUGUGGCUAUCUGCAACCCUCUACACUACCCAGUUAUUAUGUCCACAAGACUCUGCCAUGCCCUCCUCAGUGGGUCCUAUAUGAUUGGAGCUAUGGAUUCUACUGUUAAUUUGCUUUGCAUGAGAACCUUACAUUUCUGUAACUCCAAUGUCAUCCGUCACUUUUUCUGUGACACAUCACCAAUUUUAGCACUAUCUUGCAAUGACACAUAUAAAGUUCAAAUCAUCAUAUUCAUUUUUGCUGGAUUCACCCUAACGGUGUCUCUGAUUACCAUAUCCUCAUCCUAUGCAUCCAUUCUUUCUACAAUUUUGAAAAUCAAUUCCACCUCAGGAAAGCAAAAAGCCUUCUCCACCUGUGCCUCUCAUCUCCUGGGAGUCACUGUCUUUUAUGGCACUAUGAUUUUCACUUAUUUAAAACCAAGUAAGUCUUACUCCUUAGGAAAGGAUCAAGUGGCCUCUGUUUUUUACACUAUUGUGAUCCCCAUGCUAAAUCCACUUAUUUAUAGUCUCAGAAAUAAAGAAGUGAAAAGUGGUUUCAUUAGAGUUGUAAAGAAAGGGUUCUGA